AUGCCUCCCCUCCUCAACCCCAAGCUGUCUCUCACUGAUGCCGAGCAGAAAGAGGUUCUCGAGUUGCUGAACGGGUUCAACGUCACCGUCCGUGACCUCAAAUUUGCCAUCUCUCUCUUCGCCGUCAUUGAGAACCCCCAGGCGAUGUUCGGAUCCAAGGGCUCGGUCGAAUGGAGAAAGCCCCUCCUCUGCUUCUUGAUGGGCUACACCAACCCCAUGACGCCCAACAACGUGCCCCGAGACUUGCCGGCCUUCCAAGAGCGCAUUGUCACUCGCAUCCUGGAGCGCUCGCCCAGGGCUCUUGCACUGUGCUCCAAGGAGCAAGUCGAGAUGUUCGAACAGAGGAAGAAGAAGGACUAG